AUCAUCUGUUUAUUUUUAACCUUAAAGGGCAAAUUGUGUUCACAUUGAAUAUGUUCAGUUGAUUAGUGUUUUUAUUUCUGUAUAGUCGCAUGUUGAUUGAUUAAAAAGAAAGUGAGAAGACUCUUGUUGAUCAACUAUGGCCGAUGACAGCGAACUCUCAAUUCUGACCAGUGUGAAGGCUCGAGUUGAUAAAAUUACAAUCGAUGGAUUGAAAAAGACUAAGGACAGUUUGAUGGUGAAUAUGGUUCAGAAUAAAUUCAAAAAUGUGAAUAACUUUCAAGAUAUGUUGUUGGAAGCAUAUGAGGUGAAGGACAGGUUAUCGUCUUUAGGAAUAUUCAGUCGGGUGGGAAUAUCCAUUGAUACCAUAAGAGAUGAUGAAAGUUCCAUUGGCUAUGAAGUUAUUUACAAUGUUGAAGAAAAAGGUCAUCUGUCUGGAAAGAUUUCAACAACCGUGGAAAAUAAUGAUGGAGCUCUUGUUCUGAAGUCUGAGGUUCCUAAUUUAUUCGGAAGAGCAGAAAAACUUAGUAUUGAGUAUCAAGUUUCAAAAAGGGCGAGAAAGGGAAUCAACAUUGAUCUUAAAGCUCCACUCAAACCUUGGACGUAUCAUAAUCCAGUUAUUACAACAUCGAUAUUCCAAAAUUAUACCGAUAAGCCUUGGUCUGGAUUCCAUCAAGUAGAUCGAGGUCUUCUCUCUGAUUUGUCGUUCAAUUCAUUCGCAGAUAUAAACCAUAGUUUCAGAUGGGCCGGUAUUUGGAGAGAAAUUCAAACUACUGGUUCUAGUUUUCAGAUUAGAGAGCAAAGUGGACACAGUUUAAAAUCUUCUAUUUUUCACACGAUGACCCUGGACCGAAGAGAUGGUCCACUUUUACCAAAUCUCGGCUAUUUAGUGAGACUAAAUCAAGAAUAUGCCGGAUUAGGUGGUGAUACAAACUUUUUUAAACACGAACUUCAAAUUUCACAAAGUAUACCCUUGGUUAGCAACAUUAGUGUCGAAGGGUCAAUAAAAGCCGGACUUAUGAAUUCGUCCAGUUCAAUUGCCGAUAGGUUUUUCUUAGGUGGACCCAUGAGUCUUCGAGGCUUCAAAAUGAAUGGAGUUGGUCCUCAUUCUGAAGGAAAUGCACUUGGAUCCACUACUUAUUGGAUCGCCGGCCUUCAUCUUUAUGCUCCUCUCCCAUUUAAGAAAACCCACAGUUUGGAAAAUUGGCUCAAGGCUCAUUUCUUCCUAAACGCUGGUAACAUCGGCAACUUCUCAUUCAAUGGCGAUAGCGUCAAAUACUUCAACAACCUGUUGAACAGAGUUCGACUUUCGGCUGGUUUUGGAAUCGUUGUUUCUUUUCUUAGUUUAGCUCGUUUAGAGCUCAAUUACUGUGUCCCAUUAUCGUUACAACCUGGUGAUCGACCUGAUAGAAGAUUCCAGUUUGGAAUAGGUUUUGAAUAUGUUUAAAAUUCAUAAAGAAUCAAUUGUUUAGUUUUUCAAAUUUUAAAGUCUUAUGGCAAAAUUAUCGUCUUGAUUGAGAAAAACAUCUUGACGAUGAUGAAACUUUUUGUUGAAUGGAAAUUAACAAAUUGAUGAAACAUAAUUGUGACUGAAUGAUAAUUACUGCAAUCGUGUGUAAUUUGAUAAUAGUUAAAUUAGAAUAAAUAAAUUGACCACCUGA